UGCCUGCCCGCCCUGGUGGAGGCGAUUGCCGAUUGCGGAGACGACUUCAAUCGGUGGCGGCGUCUGCCUACCUCCCUACGUACCGGCGAAUGAGUGAGUGCCAGGAUGAGUGUUGAGUGAGUGAGUGAAAGAGAGCCAGAGAUAACAUAACCAACCCGACUCGGAGGGACGGACGGCGGCCCAAAAAAAGCUGGCUUGCCAAACACGACCCCUUCAUCAAUUCCACUCGCAUCGAAAAUCAUCGUUCCCCCGCACGCACGUCGACUUGCUUGCUUGGGACACCGUCGUCACGUACGCACUGCACCGCACUGCGCCGCAUCGCACCGCAUCGCACCGCACUGCACCGUCGCGUUCCGUCGAGGUCUCACUGCGAAACACCCACCAGUGUUGUCUUCUGCCAUGUGUUGACACACACACACACACACACACACACGACGACGACAACGCCAUGUCCACCGCGCAGCAACCCUCCGUUUCAACAUCGGCUUCGGCAACGGCCCCCAACUUGCGCAAGCGUCGCUUUCCCUACACACAGGUCGCAUGCGACGAGUGUCAACGACGCAAGAGGAAAUGCUCCGGCGAGCGUCCCUGCAAGGGCUGCCGAGACAGCAACGCCACGUGCCUCUUCGAACGCAGCACGCGGUUUAGAUCGGGGAGCCGGCGACACAGAAGCAACGAGGGCCACCACAAGGUUCCCCUGCCCAAGGCCACCGACGCAGCCGCGCCAGGCACCUCCGAGUACUACCUCACUCUCGCGGGCAAGUUUUUGGCCUCGUCCAGACCCCAGCCCGACCAUCUGACGGAACCCGCUGUUGAGACUACUCGCGUCGACAUCCGCUUUCUCCAGUGCCUGACUGACCACCGUCGUGCUGGCGACCCGGCUGGCAUAUUCGGUCUGCUCACCGAGACGCAGUGGGCUGGCAUCCUGCAGAGCUAUCAGGAAGAAUGCGGUCUUCAAUACCCAUGCCUGGACCUGGACGAGCUGAGACGCGAGAUACGGGCGGCAAACCGCGGCAUCCCGGACUCGAAUACCCCCCCGCGUAAUCGCCGUAGCAGAUCUGAUGCGGCCAUGCACCGGCAGCAACUCGGCGAUAUUGCCCUCUUGGUCUGUGCCAUCGUCUCCAUACUGGCCGACGCCAGAGCUAUUGAGGUGGCCGACGCGACCGUUGAUGAGAUUCACGCUGCCACCCUCGUCAAGACUCACCUGAGCAGCAUUGAUCUCGACGACCUGGCCCUUCUCGUCCUCACAAGCAUAUACUUUUUCCUUAGUGACCGAGAACAGCAAGCCUGGAGGGCCAUUGGUAUGGUAAUGAGGCUGCUGCAGGAGUUGGGCUACCAUAGCUUGCGGGGCUCUGGUGCAAGGGAAGAGCGGCUCCAAGACCGAGGCGAGAGGCUCUUCUGGACCGUCUACACGCUGGAUCAUCGAUGGAGUUCUGGCACGGGGUUGCCGUUUGGCAUCCAAGAUUCUGAUAUUGAUCACGACCCGACGUUUGCCGACAACUCCAUUUCCUCGGCCUAUGUGAAGCACAUGGUGGUGUAUUGCCGCAUUGCCUCGGACGUGCGCAAGGCUUUUCAGGAGCAAUCAGCGUCCAUACAGGGCAUCUCAGACUCGACACGGGAUUUCCUCGAUUUUCGAGUGCUUGAAUGGCGCCGAAACCUUCCCGCACGACUCCAGUUCCAGGGAACCGAGGACAAAUUCCACCCCGACAAGGAAAACCGCGGCCACUACCGCAUCCGAUUGACCCUCUAUCUGCGAGGCAAUCAGAUGAGGACGACGAUCCACAGGAAAUCAUCUGUCCGCUCGGGGGCAAACAAUCUGGAUCCGUCCAACGCCAACGUCAUGGCGGAUGUAGCCCAGGACACCAUCCGUGUGCUUGUAGGCCUCGCCCGCGACACGGACAUAUACCGCGCCCAGCACAGAACUUUUAACCACUUUUUGCACACGGCCCUAUCAUCCCUUCUGCUCGCUAUGUGCUGCACCGGCGACGUCGACAUGGAGACAUGUCUGCGGGAUGCCCACGACGCAGUGGACUUGGUGAAACGCUUGUCGACCGAAUCCCCCAUCACUCGACGUCUGCUCGACAAGCUGCAGUACGUGCAAGAUACGCUCAGCAGUCUUAGGCCCCCUCGCGCCGAGGAAACCGGGCGAAAGAGCCAAAAGCCUUCGCGCCAGGCGGAACCUGGAGCUACCCAGCCAACGAGGUAUCCUGACGCUGCGGACACACUGCUGAACUUGCGCGACCAGCCCGGCUCGACAGGGGUUGCGCUGCCAGUUGCGGCCAUGUCGCCUCCGGCCGACGGACUGCAGAGCCCAUCCAUGACGCGCGUGCCUUUCGGAAGCGACUCCUUCGCCGCCGUCACUCCAUAUGCACCGACGCCGUCGACAUCGUCCGACUCCUUUGCACCCGCCCAGCCAAACUUUCCACUAGGCCUCCCCCAAGGCCUCGACUUUCCUGACUCGUCGGGCUAUCUGACGCUGAUGAGAUUCCCAGAACUGGGUGAGAUGUUGAACGAUUACGAGAACAACUUUACCUUUUAG